CCACAAAUCACGCAACCCCACCACAAUCAAGAAUCAAACGUCCAAUCGCUCAAGCAACUCCUGAAUGCACCUCAACAACCAGGAGAGCGACGGCAAAGCAGGCUAAGCUACGCUACCCUGCCCUCGCAAUCGUGAAUCGUCGCAAUGUCCUGGCCAAGCUUGUUGACGCCGGUGCUAUUCAGCGGAACGGGUGAGGGACUGUACCCGCUGUGCGACUCGACAUAUGACCAGGCGCAAGGAGAAGCGUCGACAUCGGCCAGAGGCGGAGGCGGAGGCGCGAGCUUGCGACCGCUUAGCAAGGCGCUGCUACCGCUAGCCAACAGACCGGUAGCGGCGUACGCACUGCAAAGCAUCCUCACCUCCCUGCCCGACUGUCGCUACGCCAUCCUAUUUGCUCCGUGCGCCGAGCACGCCGACAUCUCAAAGACGCUGCAAGCAUACAGGCUCCUCCUGCCCCCCUCUCAUCGAUCCAAGCAAGCAUCUCUGCAGCCCAACAAUACUCGCACUGGAGCGAAGCAAGCGCAAGCGCAAGCGCAGUCGCAGUCGCAGUCCAACUCCAUCGGCAUUCACAUCGUCGACGGCUUGAAAGUGCGUCCGGACCGAUCUCCUAGUCAGCUGGACCAUGCCGCCGCUUCCUCCCUGCCAGGUCUGCCUACAUCACGCGCUAGCGAUACCUUUAAAGUCCAUCUCUUGCCCCUUGGGCCCUAUGAAAAGGAGCUGGCUGGGGGUGGAUCAGCAACAACCCUGCAGACAGAUGCGGCGAAUGAUGAUAAUGAUGAUGACGACGACGACCACGACGACGACGAGGAGGAGGCAAAGGAGAAAGACUAUAGAAGGAUUCCAAAGCUCGGAACUGCAGAGCUGCUCAGGUGGGCUUUUGAGUUGGGCAAGGUGGAGUCUGAUCCCCUCGUGCUUCCCAUCGAUCUGCUCAACCCGUAUUCACCCCUCACUCGCCUCAUUGCCGCCCACAUCGAAGCCGGCAUCGGAUCGAUCGCACAGGAUGAGGAUGCGGAUCAAAUUGCAAAACCAGCUCUGACAUGCAUGCUGUACGAGGCAGGAGCUGGCGAUGGCACGGGCAAGGAGAGAGAAAAGGAGGGCCCAGCAAAGCUCCUUUGCGCUUACUCUGCAGACUCUUUCAAGCAAGAGAUGGGUCACUGUCUAUCAUCCCCAGCCUCGUCACUCAGCUCUUCGACGGACGCAGUGUGGGGCUCUUUGCGCUCUUCUCAUCGCUUGCUCCACCUCUCGCACUUAUCCGAUAAUGAGGAUGGCCUAGCACUACGCUGCGCGGUCGCGCAGCGAACCAAUAAGCUCAGAGUGAGCACCAACUUGCUGGACAGUCACAUUUACAUCUUGGACAAGAGAAAAACGGAGAGGCUGCUCAAUGCUAGAAAGGCGCUGACCAGUCUGAGAGAGCACGUCGUGCCUCUGCUGAUCAAAGCUGGCUAUCAGAGGGGGCUGUGGGACAAGGCUGUGAGGUCUGGAACGGAUGCGAGGCAAGACGCGAAAGAAGACGCAGACGACGAAUUUGGCGAUGGGGAUGCUGCCAAGCCUCUGCAUCCCUUGUCGACUGCAUUGCAGCAGAGCAGCGUUUUGAUACAUCCCAAUGCUGCAUCGGUGCUCGGCGGUCGAUCGACGGCGGGAGGCUCGAAGCGCGACGGAUCUGCAUCGAGAGCUGCAUCCUCAAUCACCUGCGUCGCCCUCAUCCAACGGCUCGAUGCGCCGUCUGACUAUGGCGCGCAAGCAGCUUCACCUGCAGCAAAGGAGCGCAGAUUCUUUGCCAGAGCAAACACGGUGCCGACGUUUCUGGAGUGCAACCGUUGGCUCCUCAAAGCUCUAUCGUCACCCAAUAGCUUGCCGCAAGGUUUCGUGCUGCCCAUCUCGACGUUUGAGCCAAACUUCAUCGAAGCGCAGCAAAUCAACCCCUCGGCGCAAGUCUCAACAGACACCAUUCUUCCAUUUGCUCCGCGUUUCGCUUCGGAUGCUGCGGGUUCGGAGACGUUUGCGGGUGCUUCUUCUUCCAGCAAGCACCAAUCGUUGCUGACGCUCGGCGACCGCUGCGCGCUCAAAAAGUGCAUCGUUGGACCGGGAUGCGCGAUCGGCAAGGGCGCAAAGCUGACGGGCUGCGUGUUGAUGCAGGGAGUCAAAGUUGGGGACAACGUCAAGCUGGACUCGGUCAUUCUUUGCCCAGGUGCCACGAUUGGAGACAGGUGCAACCUAAAGGAUUGCGAUGUGGCCACCGGCGUUCACGUUCUGCCUGAUACGCAGGCAAAAAACGAAAAGAUCACUGUCGGAGCGGCAGGCGGCGGAUCGACCGCAACGACCUCUGCACUUAGUCUAUAAUCGCGCACGCGCGUUGUAAUUGCUCCGCAUCCGCGCCAACGUGAUUCUUUUUGUGUGUAUCUGAUCAAUUGUGACGCCAUACACGCCCGCGCUCAUGU